GAAGAAGCAAUUUGUUUACAUAUUCUCCCGACACUCUCGUAGUAUUAAAGCCGGUGCCGUCCUCCAUGUGCGUCCAAAAUGCAAACAAAGAAAUUAAAUUUGUACAAAAGUGAAGUUAUAACAUAUUUUAGUGUUUAUAUAAUUUAUAUUGUAUAUGAGUUAUGGAUGUUAAUAGAAGCCCGGCAUAAAAUUUGGGAAAUAUCUGUUUAUGAUUUCCCGCAAGGAUGGCCCAUAUUAAAUACCCUCAAAGACGACACAAAUGACGAGUUGUACGCCUUCAACGAAUACAUCAAAAUCUAUUGGCCCUGGUACAUAUUUCAUUUGGCAGCAUCAACUGUGGUCAGGAAAUUCAAUUGCAAAUGGCAAAGCUUAACUAAUGCAAUUAUUUGCCUGCUGAUUCUACUAAUGACAAUGAAACUGUUAUCGAUAGCUCUUAUUGGAUGCUUGGUCUUAUCCUAUUAUUUUAUAGCACGUAGUCACUCGAAAAAGUUAACAUGGCUGUUAUCUGUCUUAUGGAUGGUUGCAAUGAUAUUUCUUAAAUCGAGUCAUUACUUGCAACAGGAUCUUGGCUACAUCGAGUUUCACAAUGUAAUGGUGACGUUAUGUUGGUCCAUAUUACGUGGCUGUAGCUAUAGUUUACAAUAUGAAAAGUCUUAUCGUUUGAAAGAGGAAAAUCUUGAUAGUAAAUACGAUCUUCCACACUUUUUGGGUUAUACUUUAUACUUUCCGUGUUUAAUGUUGGGACCUUUUAUGGGAUACAAUCGUUAUAUUGUAUUGGACUAUACGAAUAGCCAUUUCGGAAAAACAAAGUUUAGAAGAUUUCUUUGGCAAAUAGCCAGAGUAAUAUUCUGGUGGCUUAUUCUAGAGGUAGCCACUCACUAUGUAUAUGUUCAUUACAUGGCUGUGGAUAUAGCAGCAGUAGAAAUCCUGGAUACCAAAUUUGGUCUAUAUGCUGUGGGUUAUUUUAUGGGUCAAUUUUUCUUUAUGUUCUAUGUCAUUUCUUAUGGUCUGGGUAUAGCUUUUGCACAGUAUGAUGGACUAAAUCCACCACGGAAACCCCGAUGUAUUGGUCUAGUUCAUUACUAUUCAGAUAUGUGGAAAUAUUUCGACGAAGGCCUUUAUGAGUUUCUCUUCUCACAUAUUUAUGCAGAAAUGUGCAUCAAAACUUCGUCGGCUCUAAGAAAGAUCCUAGCUACAGCUGCUACAUUUUCAUUUGUUUUUCUAUGGCAUGGCUACUAUGGAUAUGUUUUUAUAUGGAGUAUUUUAAAUUUUUGUUGUUUGGUGGGAGAAAAAAUUGUAAAAGGUUUAAUUAAAUCUCCCAAUUAUUUAAGAUUUAUGAAGAACAACCUAAAGCUAACUGAAGCAGGUCUUCAGCGCUUUAAUGCCUUAUUGGGUUCACAAAUCUUUAUACCGGCAGCAUUUUCAAAUUGUUAUUUUAUAAGUGGCUUAGAUGUUGGCAAUUACUUGAUGAAGGGAGUUUAUCAAGGUGGUUGGUGGAAUUAUUUAACUUUAACAUUUUGUACUUACUGUUUCUUCCAAUGUUGUGAAAUAUUAUUGCAAACGAAUUAUGUAAAUUAAGACCGACUUUAACACUGUACUGAAUUCUUUAUUUAUGUAAAUAAACUUGAAAAAUCGAAAAAAA